GCAAAGCGCAAGCUGUCACCUCCCCUCCGUCGAGCUGUCAUUUGACAGCGGCACACAUGAACCUCAGUACUGCAGACGGAGUUGACCACCCGUUGAUUUUACGUCUAAUUAUCUGCUCCUCGGCGUUUUAAUUCAAACUGGGCAAGGACAUGGCGGGAUACACCCCAGUAGUCUCUACGGACUGACAACAAACGCGUAGGAGGAGAGCUGAGCCGCUCGCUAGUUGUGAGCUGCUUGCUAAUGUUAAUCGUUAGCUUGCAGGCUAAUGGUAGCUAGCUGGUGAACGGAGUCCGGUUCUGCUUUGUGCCGUCAGUUGGCUAACCUUACCUAGCUGGCUCGCUAGCGAAGGUCGGAGGGAGUAACGUUAGCUGGUAAUCAAGAGCGUUUAGGUAGCCAUUCAGCAUCAAUAACGUGUCAUUUUAAUAUUUUAUUUUGAGGCUGUAUGCUGUUUUGUUUUUCUUUUGUCACGGGGCUUUACGUUUUACUUGUUUAUACGUUUACGAAUUUUACGGAAUUUAUCAUUAAUGUUUGCUAUCUAGCUAGCUACUCGGCUAUGCUAACGCCAGCUCACUGAGACCUCACAUCGUAGGGGUGCGGAGAGCUCCAGACGAGUCAAGGAAGGAAGAGAGGUGAUUUAUGAUGUGGGCAGAGGGAAGCAGCGGACUGUCAGGGGAAGGAGAGCAGCAGUAUUAACUUAAACACAUCGUAUUUUCUCAUAUCAGUCCUUGUCGAGGCAGGGCUAUAGCGUCAGUCAAGCUGUGUGGGACGUUGGAUGAAGAAAAGAAUUGGGGCACUUUGAUUUGCGAGCUGGCUAAAUGAAUAUUGGUAUUACUGAAUCGUGAGCCGGUGGCCACUGUGGGAAGACACUCUGUAGAGAUUAUCGCACAAACUGCGUUAACCAGCCAGUUUGCUUUAAGAUGGCUUCGGCGAGCAGCAUUGCCGCAUCCAUUGCGAGCAAAACGAAGACCAAGAAAAAGCACUUCGUUGCUCAGAAAGUGAAGCUCUUCCGUGCCAGCGACCCUCUGCUAAGCGUGCUUAUGUGGGGAGUCAACCAUUCGAUAAAUGAAUUAAGCCAUGUUCAGAUCCCCAUCAUGCUCAUGCCAGAUGAUUUCAAGGCCUAUUCUAAGAUCAAAGUGGACAACCACCUCUUCAACAAAGAGAACAUGCCCAGCCAUUUCAAGUUCAAGGAGUACUGCCCUCUGGUGUUUCGAAACCUCAGAGAGAGGUUUGGCAUCGAUGAUCAGGACUUCUUGAACUCUCUGACACGUAGUGCUCCCUUGAACAGUGAGGCCCAGGGACGGAGUGGGGCUCGCUUCCACACCUCUUACGACAAACGCUACGUCAUAAAGACCAUCAGCAGCGAGGAUGUGGCAGAGAUGCAUAACAUUUUAAAGAAAUACCAUCAGUUCAUUGUGGAGUGCCAUGGCAACACGCUUCUGCCCCAGUUUCUGGGGAUGUACCGGCUCACCGUUGACGGAGAUGAGACCUACAUGAUUGUUACACGCAAUGUCUUCUCCCACCGUCUUUCUGUCUACAAAAAAUAUGAUCUCAAGGGUUCCACUGUGGCAAGAGAGGCCAGCGACAAGGAGAAGCAGCCGCCCCCACCAGAGGAUGUGCCCCCACGGCCCAAAUCUGGUAACGUUCAGCAAAGGCUGCAAACACUGCGGAUUGCCACGCGCUUUUACUGCGCCAUGAAACACGUAAGAGAUGCCAAGGAGCUGCCCACCUACAAGGACAAUGACUUCAUAAAUGAUGGGCAGAAGAUCUACAUCGACGAGGAGAACAAGAAAAUGUUCCUGGAGAAGCUUAGGAAAGAUGUGGAGUUCCUGGCCCAGCUGAAGCUCAUGGACUACAGUCUGCUGGUGGGGAUCCAUGACGUGGAGCGUUCAGAGCAGGAGGAGGUGGAGAGCGAAGACAAUGAGGCUGAGGAGGAGGGGGAGAGCGACGGAGGGGGCAUUGGGACGCCCCCUGACAGCCCCAGCAACACCCUGGACAGCACCAAGCCUCUGUCGCCCGGAGAAUUCGAUCCCGCCAUUGAUGUCUAUGCCAUCAAAAGCAAUGAUAGUGCUCCCAGGAAGGAGGUUUACUUCAUGGCUGUCAUAGAUAUCUUGCAGCAUUAUGAUGCCAAGAAGAAGGCUGCCCAUGCCGCCAAGACUGUCAAACAUGGGGCCGGAGCGGAGAUCUCCACGGUGAACCCAGAGCAGUACUCCAAGAGGUUUUAUGAUUUCAUCACCACUAUCCUGUCAUAGCCUCCAGGAGCGACACUGGGGGGCACAGAGGCACAUAGGAAAGGGAGGGCAAGUGGGGGAAGUAGGGCGGAGAAGAAAAGUGACGGAGAGGAAAAAAAAAAACCAUCGAGAGGCUGAAUUAAUAAGGUGCUGUGAUGGCUUUGUAUCACUCUCCCUCAUCCCUCCCUCUUUGUUUCUCUCUCUUUCAGUGGGGUGCCACGCUCUGCAGCUAAAAAAAAAAAAAAAGAAAGAAAAAAACCCAUCAUUCGUUUACAUUCAACCUCUCCUCUGUUGAGUUUUGUUCACGUGUUAUUUUGGAUGAUAAGGGUGUUGAAAGCAAGUGUCCAAGUCAUUACAUUUUUGUUUUUUAUACAUAUAUAUAUAAUUUGUCUGUGUGGUUGUUUAUGUGGGAAUAUGGCUUUUUUUAUUGCCUCUAACAUAACAUCCAGCUCCCUGCAUUUCUUUUAUUUUGAUGUUUUUAUUUUUCUUUCCCUUAUGAUGUUUUCAGGGGGAGGUUGGGGAGGGUAUGGAGUGCUAAAGUGUAAAGUAAAGGGGAAUGCAGAGAUCGGUUUGAGUGGGAUGUAAAAAGGAAGUUUAUGUUGAGCCUCGCCUAAUGCAAUUGCUUCAUUUCAGGAAGUAGGAAGCAGUCUUCCAAUAGGCCAACAGCCAGACCCCCACACACCCCACGCCCAAAUGCUAUACAAGUAGUCAGCCAAACAAAUCUUCCUGUUUUGGUUCCUCCCCUAUCACCCUCCCUUUAGACGCCUCCCCUUCCCCUCCCGUUCCUUCGUGUCCAGUUAAUGAAUUGAGCUUCUGGGUUAUCCUCUCUCCACACACUCAAACCAAUACUUCUCAUGAGCUGAGAUGAGUUCAGUUGUUGCAAUAAAUUAUAAUGCUCGUUUCCAGAACUAGUGGCACCUCAGUGUCUCUCAGUGCUUUGUCGUGAUUUAAGAAUGACUGAGGGAAGGACAUGUACCAUAAAAUGAGAAAAAGAGCGAUUCGAGCAACUGGCUUCUCUUUAGUCAUUUACUCUGAUUCACUCUGAAUAUGUUGGGCAUUGUUAGUUAGUCAUGGUUUCUGUUCCUGUGACAGGGAAUAACCCAGAAGUCCUGUGUGGCUACAGUGAUUAAGAGAAAGUUGCUCCUUGUUAUAUCUUCAUAUAGGGUGUGAGAUUGAAACAUCAACAGCCCUUAACUUUCUGUUGCCAUCAGCACCUUAUGAGUAAAAUCAAAAAAAAGUUGCACUUUUAUUUGUUGUUAGAGGUUAGAAGCUCUUGUUCUGUUACAUGUGCUGCAACAAAGAGGAAAAAGGAACUCUGCUCUCUUAGAAUUGAAUUUUAGGUCUCAAAUCCUGUCUCCUCCAUCAGUUUUCACCUGUGGGCACAACUUUCAGGGAUUGUUCAGGAAGAAUUUACUGCGAUGUUAGAAAGCAGAUGAGUUCUGUCUUCAGGGCUUUCGUGAACUAACCUUUCCAGUCCCUUUAGUGGUGCUCUGUGGUGUUGUCGUGGUCGGGUUUUGGGACCAGGCGACAGUGUGACUGUGCUCGUGCAUUUCAGGGCAAACAGAAGACGGUUUACCUCCAGCAUCGUACCAGCACACACCCAGUGACGGCGAACGGUGUGUGUGUCAGUGUUCAAAAGUCGUAUAACGGGGGAAGAGAGAACAGAUGGGGGGAGGAGGGAGGUUGGGAAGAGUAGCUGCAAAUGUAAAGAUACACGUUGUUAAGUCAUUAACACCAACAGCAUCGCUCUCUUCUCUAACCUCAGCUGUGAGUCUGUUAUUCAUUGUUGUUUGUGUCGUUAUUGUUGACAUUUUUUAAAGGUGGUUUAUCUGUGUUUGAAUUUGGCGGUUUUAUGAAUUGAUGUGGUAACAAUUUUUUGUUUUUGUUUGAGGUUAUUUUUGUAUAUUUUGCACAAGAGGAAAGGAACCAAAUGUUACGAAAAAUGAUCCCAAUUAGUCGACAUGGUCUUAACAAGGGAAAUGCAAUAUACUUGUAUGUAAGUGAGAAAAGUUGUUGUGCGUGUGACGUUGUGUAUCACCUCUGGAUAACCAACUAAAACAAGUUAAGUCGUCCCCCUUGACUAUUCUUACCCAUGCAAAAAGCUUCCAUCACAAUGUGUUUGUUUAGAUAUCAUAGAUUAUAUUCACAUUUAUAUUUUUACAUUGGAUUUUAGUCAUGAAAUAUAGUUGUAUUUUGAAAGGAGCCACCCGUGGGAAUGAAUGACGGUGCUGUGGUAAAUGAAGAAUGAUACUGCUUGAAUUUAUACAAUACUUAGUAUAGAUGUACUCAAAAACAAAAAAGUAAAAAAAAAAAUUGCAUGUCACAGGACUAAGUUUCUUCGCCCUCUAGUCUGUGUUGUUGGCUGUUCAGGUUCUCUUUGUGUCCCUCCACUUUAACCACAUUUGUGAGCUGUUCAGCGUAAAAUAGUCCCUACCAUGCUUUAAAAUAACUGUUUUUCAUUGUAUACACUGUGCAAGAUGUGUGCCUUUAUACUCCAAAAUUAUUUAAUUUUAUAUUUUGUAAUCUUUUUUUAAAACAAAGGUAAAAGGUUAUUUUAAUAAUAGGGUGUUUACGUUGACAUGCAUUAUUUACAACUUUAUUUUCAACCGCCCCUGCUCAACCUUCUUCCACUCCAACACCCCUCUGUGUUUAGAUUUGUCCAUGUUAUUCAGUCAGUUAAGCAAAACCAUUCUAAUGAUUGUGUUAACCGAUGACAAAAAAAAAAAAAGGUGUAUAGCUGUCUUAAGUAAAUUUGAAGAUGGUGGAUCAGUUGCUGUACAUACAGAUCCACCAUUCUGAUUAUUCAGUGUGUACAGGUGUCCCUUUCCCCCUCUCCUCAGACCAGAGGUGGUGUCCGCUGAUAUUAAUCCCCCUCCUUGUUCACGCUGGUGCUGCCUUUAUAAAGAGCGUUUGUGCGUGGAAGUGUGUUGUGGAUUGUGUGUGUGUGCGUGCAUGCGUGUUGUGCUUUGUGUUUUCGUCACACUCGUUCCUUGCUAAACUGAUGCCCCUCCUUACCCCCCCCACUCCCCACCCCACCCACCUCAUGAGUCUGUCAGCAUCUUCAUCACAUUUACCCGCUAACCACAGUCACAUUUCAGGAAUGUGAUAUAAAGUGUACAGCUCCUGUUUCAAAACCGGUUUACAUUCUCUCGCCUCCUUACCUCCAUUUUUUUGUGUAACCCUGCUUGUUACCAGGGAGAUUAUCAGCUGAUAGUUCAUCCUGAGUCAGUGUUUAGUUGAUAUUUCUGUGUUCUUUCACUAUAAACGGGCUGUUCUGUUUCUGUUGUCAUGUAACUCAUAAUGUACAUAGGUUGUGUCAUGAGGAAAACAGGGAAUGAGGGAACACAAUCAACUUCUAGUCUGCUUUGCUCUGUUUGGCUGUUUGACAGAGCAGUGCAUGCUGGGAGUAUGGGUUUUUUUCCCUGUUUUGUUUUUGGAAUAAUAACUCUGGAUCUCAUGCAAGGAAGGCAGACUUUAACAGAUGCAAACUAAAGAUGAUAAUAAUACACAUGCCCUGCUGCUGUACCUUGAAUUGAGUAAAGUCCUCACUUCCAUGACUUCUCUCAUCAAUGAGCUCCUUCACCCAUUAACCCCCACCCACCAGUCAACCUGCUGCCAGCGUUAACUUGCCAAAAGCCUCUUUCAGCAGUCAGAACUACCCCACAUGAGCUUGAAGAACAUUGUGUAUCGUGUAAUGUGUCUGUUUGAAUUUAUUUUUUGUUUUGUUUUUUUCUUACUGGGAGAUGGAGCGAGAUGUGCAUCGCUCAUAUGUGAACAUGUCCAAAGUUGUGGGAAACAGCCCUGUGUUCGUGUGGUUUUAUCAAGUGUUAAGGGAAAAUUAGAUUACAAAAUGCAAACGACUGGAGGCCGGGCAAGAUCUGCAGAGCUGGUGAAAUUUCCUUUGGCUUUAAAAUUGAAAAUCAAAUAAUUUCUGUGGACAAAAAUAUUUUUUGAAAGUGCUCAAAAAUAGUUCAACCAGUUGAAUUUGCAUGCAGAAGUUGAGUCAACACACACCAGGCCCUGGAAAUCUCUUCCCUGCAGAACCUGCUUUGGCCUCACAACAGCCCCCCGAGUACUUUUAGACCACAUCUAAAAGCUUACUUAAGCAUUGGUUAAAGCAUUAGUGUGUGUGUGUACGUGUGAGUGUGUGUGUUUGUUUAUUGCUGUCUGACAAUGGUUGGUGAGAGUUCCCUUUCAGUGGCAGAAAGGCCAAAACGAUGUUGUAUGUUUAUUGUUCUUCACAUUUAAUGAUGAUGAUGAUAAUAAUACACUCCAUUCCAUAAGCGUUCACUCAAACCAAUUAAAGCACUUGUUCUGCUUAA